GUCGAGGCGUGGAGAGUACGAGGGGCGGACACGGACGGCGACGGCACGACGUACGGAGAGGCGUAGCAUCGCGUAGCAGACCGCCGCACCGCCGCAACACCGGCCAAUGUUGUCAUCUGUGCUUGCGAACACCGCGCGCCCGCAAACCCUGUCCAGUGAACUAGCGACGCGUCGCGACGCCAGACCGCCAGUGCGGACGGCCGGCCGGAUCGCCUGCGAGCGGCACCGCCGCCUUCACAGUGCGCGAGUGAUCUAGUUAUGGAGUCAUUGCAGUUUGUGUUGAUGUUGGCGACGACGACGACGACGACCGCGACCAGUGCCACGAGAAGAUAGCAACUAGUUUUUACCAAACCAAACGAAUCAAAGCAAAGUAAAGUGCAGUGCAGCAAGCUGUGAUUAUUGUGAGUGCAACAAUCGCUUCGACGCCGCCUUUGCAACUAGUUGGGAUUUAAACUUUGACAACGGACUUGGCCGCUUCUCGUGGAAAAGUUGCGGCCGAAUGAGUUGAAAGACUCCAACCCAACCUUCGGUGAUCGGGGCCUUAGAUGAUCCAGAUGGGGGGCCUGACCGCCGCCACCGAGCAGCAGUACAGCUUGCGCUGGAAUGACUUCCACGCGAGCAUACUGUCGUCCUUUCGACACCUGCGAGACGAGGAGGACUUUGUCGAUGUCACGUUAGCCUGCGAUGGGAGAUCGUUCACCGCACACAAGGUGGUUCUCUCAGCAUGCAGUCCCUACUUCAGGAGGCUUCUCAAAGCCAACCCCUGCAAUCAUCCAAUUAUCAUUCUCAGAGAUGUGCAGGAAAAGGAUAUGGAAGCUUUGUUAAGGUUCAUGUACAAUGGUGAAGUCCAUGUGGGUCAUGAACAAUUACCAGAUUUUCUCAAAACAGCUCAAACAUUACAAGUCAGAGGGCUUGCUGAUGUACCCAACAAAGAAAACCGAGUACCUGCAAUGUUAAAUGACUCGCCAUGGCCCACUCCUGGUGACGAGGUGCCAAGCAGAGAAUCUGCUGCUGAUGGCUCUCUCUCCCCCCCUCCCUCAAAAAGAAGCAGAACAAAUGAGGAAAGGCAUACACCUCAGCAUGAUAGAGACUCUUCUCGAGACCAUAGAGAGAGAGACAGGGAGAGGGAGCGAGACACUGAAAGGAGGGACCAAGAGCGAGAGCGAGACCAGGCAAGAGACCAGGAUCGUGAUUGCUCACCUGCUGCUCGACGAACACCUCACCAUUUGCUCAAUAACAGUGUAGGACCUGAGCACCAUUCUCUUCUUGGCCAAGCUCUAGAGGGAGGCCCUCAGAUGAAAAGUGGAGACUCAGCUCAUGUUUCCUCACAUUCAACGGGUGAAGACGAUGAGGAAAGCAACUCUGGCAGUGACACUGGAAUAUCGGAGAGAGGCAUUAGUGGUCUGACUGACAUGGUGCGUCCCAAAUCAGAACCCUCAGACUACAGUAUGGAGGACAACAACGGACAUGGACCUGGCAAUGGUGCCUUAGGAAUGGACUCACAUCGAUCACCUAACUUCCCCGCAGCCUUAUUAGGACUUCAAGCAGGCCUUCCUGGUCUUCUUCCAGGCCCCUCUGGACUUCAUGGCAGUCAGGAAAACAACUUUGUUAAUCGUCGCAGCCUGGACAUGAUGAGAGUACGAGCUACAGACCCCAGGCCAUGCCCCAAAUGUGGAAAGAUCUAUCGUUCUGCGCAUACAUUGCGCACACAUCUAGAAGACAAACAUACAGUGUGCCCUGGAUACCGUUGUGUUCUUUGUGGCACUGUUGCCAAGUCUCGAAAUUCACUUCACUCUCACAUGAGCCGACAACAUCGUGGUAUUUCUACAAAGGAUUUACCAGUUCUUCCCAUGCCCUCUCCAUUCGAUCCAGAACUGGCAUCCCGACUGCUGGCUAAGGCUGGUGUCAAGGUCACUGCAGCUGAACUUCGAGCUAGAAGUUCUCCUACUGGUCCCCCAAGAAGGUCUGACAUGCGUUUGGACUUGAAGCUGGAAAACAACAUGAACAACAUGAGGUUUCCAGGGGCACCUUCUGAAACAGGGAGCAGCAUAGGGCGUGGUGAUGACAUGGACGACCCAGAGGAUCUCACUGUGCCUACGCACAGAUUUGGUGGCGUCGACAUAACAGCAGUUAGUCCCCCCUUAAAUAACAUUAAUAGUCAUCACCUAGACCGAGAACGGGACAGGGACAGAGAUAGAGACAGAGAGCGAGACCGCGACAGGGGCGGUGGCCAAGCAACAAUAACGAAGAUUGGACCACCCUCCUCUCCGCGACACCACCCGCCUCCGGGCGCUACCAUGUCUCAGCACCACCAGAUGCAUGGAGCGGUCCUGGCUGCCAAGUCAAUGGACUCUGUGAGAAAUCGGGGAGGUGUUCAAGACGCUCCCACUGGACCUCCUGGACCUCCAGGGCUCAUGGGCAGCAGCGCCAUCCUGGACGCCUACCUGCAAAUGAUUGCAGAAAGUCAAGGACUGAACAUGAACAGCGAACAGGCAGCACACGCUGCGGCAAUCGCAGCCCACGCUCAUGCUGCCAAACUGUCUGCUGAACUCCGCAACAAAAACAACAAUGAAGUUGAUGUUGAUCGGAAAAUGAUGCCAGGUGAUCCAGGCGAGUCAUCCGCUGGGGAGGAGGAAGAGGGCUUCAGUGAGGACGAACCGGAGCCUAUAACAGCAGAAUAAGUGUGACUCUGUAUUUUUAUGGAGUAAUCCAUGACUUAAUUGUUUUAGUUAGCUGGAUUACUGAACCAAAGACAGCUUUUGUGAAAUAUUGAACAUUUUUUUUUUUCAAAUUCAGUCUAGUGAAGUGUGCCAGUUUCUACUGGAGUAUUCAGGGUAUUGUUGCUUGAGAUUCCAUCCGACUUCUCCAUCUUAUGCUGCCCACUAGGUUCCUAUGGGCUGUGGUUUUACUGCAGUUCACAGUAGGUGUGUUAUACUGUUGUGGAGUUAAUAGUAUUUAUUGUGACGCAUAAUGUAAGCGCCACUCUGUUAGGUUCUGAUGUUGUUAAACUUUGUUGUUUUUUCUGUCCUUUCUACCUUCCUAUUGGAUGGUUAAGAAUUCAAGUUUCUUUUAAGGAUUUUUGUUUAAAAAUCUUUCUUUUAAAUUUAUGUGCCUUCCUAUUGGUACAUGCAUGAUAACAGUACAACUAUGCAACAAACCUCAGGGUUCGAAGAUAUUCUUGAUAUUGCGUCUAUGAUAUAUCAAUCCACUCAGGUUGGUUUUGAUGCAAACCUGUGUCAAACCACUCAAUUUCAGUACAAUAUGUGAAAUACUGGUAUUUAUUUAUAAAGUAAAAUGGAUAUGUUCUGGUUGCUAUCUGCAAUUACAGUCAUACUGGUACAUAACAUAGAUUAGGUUUUGUAUCAUUAUUGUUGUAUAGUUUAAAAACCAUAUGUAUGUUCACUUUCACAAUACAUACUUAUGAAUGUGUUACAUCCUCAAGUACAAAGAAUAUAAACCGGGUCAGAAGUAGAAAUAGUUAGUUGGUCAGUGUCAUGAAUAGCUGUGCACUUUUGCACUUAUUUUAUUUUAUGGGAGAGGCUCAUUCCCUUUAUUAACUACCUCAGUGUGGAUGCAGACAGGGUGGAGCAUUUUUGCUCCAAUAUUUAUGCAAACUUUGCAUCUUUGCAGAACACUCCUGAAGGAAGUUUGUCCUCAGGAGUGUGGCAGUUCUUACCCUUCUCCUUGAAGCAUUUUAACAAGUGAGAACACUUCUUUUCAGUAAUCCGGAAACCUCUUAUCUUGAGAACCAUUUUUCAACUGGGCAUGUCAUUGUGCCUUGUAUUAAAUUUUCUAAUAGCUUAGGGUGGAGAAUGGUAAGAAGUUGCAUUUCUAUAUAUCAUUUCAUACGGGUAAAUGCAUUCCACACAUACUGUUCUCAUAGUUGUAGUCAGAGCGCUUCCGAGGGAUGUGAUCCCAUAUUCCGUUCUACCUCAUUCAUAACAUAAUGUGAUGUAAAGAGUCUCUCCUGUACCAUUUUCUAGUGGAGUAUUAACCUGUGAUUUUACAGGUAAAAGGCGUGUGAUACUCCUCCUGCUCAAAUCACCCACCCAUAUACUGAUACAGUUAUUGAGUCCCAUUCACGUUAUAUAUUUUUAUAUAUACUUGUUCUUUUUUUAGUUUGCUCAUUUUGUAGCUGUUCAUUCCUGUAAUUUGCUGCGUACCUGUCUCUCAUGUCAUCUUGCAUCCUACAAAUAUUUUUCAGACCAAACCUAACUCCUUAUUUGUGAGAGCCUACUGGAGGGUAGGUUUUACGGCAGCUUCUUGCUGUUUUCUACAGUUACAAAUUUCUGCGUAAUGUUAUAUUGUCCAUAUCAAUGUACUUCAGUCAGAGAUUAUUUCACACUUGUACCAUAGUCAGGUAUUAUCUUGCAUACAUCCUUUGUAGCAUAAAGCACUACCAAUCAAAACUGUUCUGUGAUUUGUUAUUCAAAACAUUAUGACUUUAUGAUAAUUGUUUACUUUACCUAUCUAAUGGGUGCAUUUAGAAGCUAUGUCAAUAACAGGGCAGCAUUAAGAACCAUUAUAAGAAACGGGUCAUUUUUCUUGAUUUGAAUGAGUGGUUAGAAAGUUGUGUGCUGAAUUCAGUACACACAUUUUCUGAGGUAAAAUCCAAGUCUAAUGGAGCAAUCCAGCUAGGAUGGGAGUUAAAGGUGUUCUUGUCAUUGUGUUAAUAGAAUGUGACAUUAGGACUGUUGUUGUUGUUGUUUUAUUAUUAAUUUGUUGAGAGCCAUCACAGCAUGAAGCUGUGCUUCACAAAAUUUGCUUGUAAUGUAAAUGUUAAUGUGAAUGUCUGCUGUGCUUGGUUUGCAAAGGUUGCCAGAGUUACUUGUGCUUUCUGAAAAUGUUUUGUAUAGAUGGCAUCGAGAGGGUGCUCCCAUGUGUUUAUGUAUGAUGGUUUUAUUAUGAGUAAAUCAGAGAUAAUAUAUGUAUAUACAAAUAAAAUUGGAAUAUGGUUGAUUGAUAUAAAAAAAAUAAGUUCGUUAGUUGUUCUAGUGUCAGAGAGUAGCUUUGUUGCCACUGUAGAUAAGUCGAUGUUAGUGAAAAGAAAAACGAAAUUCAAAGUGGAUCGUGGCACUAUAGUCGUCCAUAGGUCUGUGGUGCCCAGUUAUUUAGUUCUAGUGCAUGUUGCAUUAUGGGGUAAAUCUCUUAUUGUUAUUAAUGCAAUCUUUUGUUCUUUUAUUUUGAUUUAGGGGUAUGUUGCCAAUUUAACACUCAACCCGCCAUAGUCUUUUUGGUAAUUUUUAUACCCCUAGUGAACACCACAACGUAAGGGCUUUGACUUGAGUAGGAAGACUCUCUGAAGUAUAAAAUUGUUGCAAGCUUAUUUAUUAUACAUAUACAGCAUUAUAGAAAGUACUGAGUGCCAUACUGACCAUUUACCUGUAAGAGAAACAUCCAAGUGUGUCUCAAUGCUGUGUUAAAAACUUGCUCUUGGAAAGCUUUGGUUAGGUAAUCUUCAAAAUGAAAAAUGGUUCCUAUAGGUUGCCUGCGGUUCCUCAACAAUUUUUUGAAACUUUUGUAUUUUAUUUUUUUAAAAAGUAUCCGGCAGGAUUUUAGAAGUAACCACUAAAACAUUCUGAUGUUGGUUGUUGUUGAGGAUCUGGGUGCCUUCAAAAAUUUAAUGCUAAUAGAGCACUUGCAUUUAUUAGUCCUCAUAUUGCAUGAUGGUAAUUAAGGCUGAAAUGUGGCACAUUACGGGUAUUUUCAUGAUUCUAUUGUAAUGUUCGGAUUUUCACCUAAGAAAUGAAUGGAAUCAUCUAAUGCUUGAUGGAAAGGUUUACUGUUGUCUUUAAUCCAUUUGAAACAAUAGGAAAUGUGUAUGGGUAGUGAUUGUUUACUGCUGUGUAUACAGACAGACACUUGCCUGCUUUUACAGGUGUUCACAGUUCCUAUCUUGUACCCUAUUGACAAAUCAUAAGCAUAGAAAUUUUUUAUAGAUUAUGAUGUAGACAAAUGUAAAUGCAACUGUUGCGCAAAUGCAGUGGAUAAGGUAACAUUUUUCAUUACAUAUUUUUCCAUUACCUGCCUGGGUUUCUAUAUUUCUUGGAGCAAUUGGUUUUGUCCUGUAGUUUGUACUGCAUUAGGUUUAAUUUGACUUUUGUUUCCAUUGUGUUCAUAAUUUGAUGGCUAGGAGUAUCUUUUAAUUUUUGUAUAUGUCAGGUAUAUACUAAGAUUUGUACAAAUAAUAGUCAUUGAAAUUGUUGCCAUCAAAACAUACUACCUCAAACUUGUAUAUUUUGAUAUUCAUUAACACUGCAACAUUUUGUUUUAUUUCUCAAGAAGGAAAUAUUUCAAGGUGCUGUAUUCUGUUUCCAAAUAUGUUUGAAAUUAUUUUGUUUCUUUGUAAUUAGUUCAUGGUUUUCAGCCACAUAUUUUGUAUUUUAUGUGUGGCUUGUUGUUCUACUUACAUUGUCAUUUCAUUCAGUUGUGGUGUUAAGAAGGCUUUAAUUUAUUGUGUUUUAGCGCAUUCUAGUGUGCAGUUGGAAAAUUUCUGACUGUGAUUUUUCCCUCUGUACCCUUUAAUGUGUUCAAGUGUUCAAUCAAGGAACUAACAUUAAACAGUAAAAUUUUCAUUUAAUGUGCUCUUGAUUCUUUUCCCUUAUUUGAAUAAAGACAAUUUUAUGAUGUAAAUGUGUUGAAA